UUUCCUUAGCCUUUCAUGGACUCCAGAGAAAUUUCAAAUUUCUCUGCCGUGGGUUUGAUUCUCCACCAAAUGUUGUUGAAAGCUUUCACUGUGUCACAGAUAGAAGGUUCUAAAAACGCUCGCUUAGGCAUGCUAUUUAAUGCUAAUCUAGGUGCGAGUUUUCCCAGUCUCCUUUUUGUGAAGGCUUCUGAAGUCGCUGCAUUGUCAUAUAGUCAUAAGGCAAAGGUGCUGGAUUUUUUGGAUCAACUAUGUGCAUUUUAUGAGCUGGAAUACGUGCAUGCAUCCUCUGUAGUUGCUGAAAGCAAUGAAGCAUUUAUUGAUAAGGUCUGUGAUCUGGCUGAUGCAAAUGCGUUAUCAACUAAGAUGUUGAGAAUAGGAGGAUUUCGGGUGGUCUGUGCCAUAGAGUUACUACCUGAAGAAAAAUACCAUUUAUUUUACAUUCAUGCACAGAAUUGAAACUUCAAGAUUAAA